AUGGUUGUGGUAUCGAGUUUAUUAUCUGUUCUAUUAUAUCUGUGCCUAGACAACACCUGAAUGACGACACCAUGAACUAUGACUAUGACAGGUUGAAUGAAGAGUAGAAUGUAAACAAGCGUGCGGCUCGUAAUCAGUGGUCCGAGUAAUUACUACAAAUUGACGACGAAAGUUGGGAUAAAUCCACAAAUAAAUCUACCUGUUUGAUUGUUUUCUUUUACUACUUUGACGAAGCAAACGAGUCCGAAGAAGAAGAAUAGGAAGAAGGAUUGUAUGUGAGUGCAAUACUGAAGACUCCGCGACAAGGCAGCGGCGAAUUCCGCGACUGAUUAGCGGCGCAUUCCGUGACACGACAGCGGCGAAUUUCGCGACAAGUAAGCGACGAAAUCCUCGACACGGUAGAGGCGAUAUCCGCGCAUGAAAGCGGCGUAAACCUCGGCAAGACAGAGGUGAAAGUGUUUCCUAAGAAUGGAUAGCAGCAAACUGAUUGCUAACUUGCCUCCGUUUACCGUCGGAGAUGUUCCCCUAACGGAGAGAAGGAAUAAAUGGUACACAUGGAAGCGCGGCUUCGAAAUUUGUGUCCGUGCUUCAAAGGUCACGAAAGGUACGGAAAAGAAGGACCUGCUGUUAGCUCAAGGUGGGUUUGAGCUACAGGAAAUAUUUUUCAAUAUUCCUGGUGCGGAUGUCGAGGAAGACGUUGAGGCGGGUGUUGAUCCGUACGAAGUGGCGAUUGAGAAAUUGGAUGAUUAUUUUGCCCCACAACGACACGACGCACACGAGCGAUACAUUUUCUGGGGGAUGAAACCUGAGCCUGGCGAGACCCUCGGAAAAUUUUUGAUGCGAGCACAAGUGCAUGCAGCCAAGUGCAACUUUGGGAAAACAGCUGCUGAAAGUUCAUCGAUUGCUGUUGUCGAUAAAAUUCUUCAGUUCGUACCAGCUGGACUGCGCGAAAGAAUGCUGCAAGAUUCGGGAUUGAAUUUGGAAGAGCUUCAAAAGCAGAUUAAUGCGUAUGAGAUUUCACGAUCUGCGAGUGAACAAAUUGGUGGGCAAGUGAUCUUGCAAUCGAAGAGUUCUAAUGCUGAAAGCCUUAAUCGUGUGAAAGCUUCCUGUCGAUAUUGUGGACGUUCACAUUCGUUCGAGGAUCCAUGUCCAGCGAGGAAUAAGUCAUGUGCAAGUUGUGGAAAGCGCGGACAUUUUCGUGCUGUCUGCCGAAAUCGUAAUGAUAAUCCAGUGCCAUCCACCUCUCGAGCUCCAAUGAAGAGACCUUUCGGAGAAGCUUACAGAAGUCAUGCGGAACAUCCUCAGGGACAACAACGGAAGUUCGUCAAACGGGUGAAUGCUAUUGACGACGCGACUUCAACCGAUAAAGGAAAACCCGACGAACUGGUUGAGAUGGUAUCUUCUGCGAACGAUUUGGAUGACAUGGUGUGGGUAAAAGUAGGAGGAAUUUUGAUCGAAAUGCAGAUUGAUUCAGGAGUUCAAUCGAAUAUAAUUGACGAUUCAACCUGGGAAACUAUGUGCAGAGACGGAGUACAAGUUCUCUCCGACUUGAUGCCCUCUGAUAGAAAGUUCAGAGCGUAUGCUCAAAAUGACAACUUGAGAGUCACUGUCAUGUUUGAUGCGGAAAUUGAAAUAGCUGACGGAAACAACAGUCGAGGCGAAGUGGCCCGGUUUUACGUCAUCCAAGGGGGACCUCAGCCGCUGUUGGGCAGGCAUACAGCCAAGCAGCUGGGAGUGUUAAUCGUAGGACUACCAAGUCAGCACGAGUUGGUUCAGCAUGUUGAAGUGUCAAAACCAUUUCCGAGUUUCCGUGGAGUGGAAAUACUUUUACCAGUCGACCGUUCAGUUGAACCAGUUUCGCAGAGAUUGAGAAGGUUGCCGUUUGCUACGUUGGAGCGCGUGGAGAAGAAGCUUGAGGAGCUGCUCGCCAAUGAUAUCAUCGAACCAGUAUUCGAACCGAGUCGCUGGGUAUCACCGAUGGUUGUAGUGGUGAAGGAUAGCGGUGACAUCCGUUUAUGCAUUGAUAUGCGGCAGGUGAACAAGGCUAUUUUGCGUGAGACACAUCCUCUUCCUACAAUCGACGACAUUAGAUGGAAGUUAAACGGAGCAACUUGUUUUUCGAGAUUGGACAUCAAAGAUGCUUUCCAUCAGCUGAAACUGGCAGAUGAAAGCAAACCGAUGACCACCUUUAUAACACAUAAAGGUUUAUUCCGUUACAAGCGCUUGAUGUUUGGAAUCUCAUGUGCCCCAGAAGUAUUCCAAAAAACUCUCGAGCAGAUUCUAUCAAGUUGCGACCAUUGCAUCAAUUUCAUUGACGACAUCAUCGUCGCAGGACGUACUGAACAAGAGCACGAUGAGGCACUUAAGAAAGUUUUACAUAAACUUCGUGAAUAUGACAUUCUGUUAAAUCAAUCCAAAUGUCAAUUUAAGUUGUCUGAGAUUGAGUUUGUUGGUCAUCGAUUCGGUGCUUUUGGAAUGGCUCCAUCACAAAGUAAAAUUGAAGCCAUCAAGUCAUUCAGAGCUCCAAAAACUUCUGAAGAGGUACGGAGUUUCCUCGGUCUCGUGAAUUAUGUUGGAGCAUUUAUUCCAGAUUUGGCCACGGUAUCGUUUCCACUCCGGGAGCUCACUAAAGCACAAUCUAUUUUCAAGUGGGAGUAUGAGGAGCAAGAAGCUUUCGACCAUCUUGUUUCAUUGAUUAGUGACGAGAAGAAUUUGGCCCAUUUCGACCGGAAAUCCAAUAUAGCAGAUCCGCUCUCUCGUCUACCAAGUGCAGGAGAGCUGAAGGAGUUUGAUGAAGAUUGUGAGGUCUACAUUCGCAAUGUGAUUGAACUGACUGCCAUUGACGUGAACGAGCUAGAAAAAGCUUCCGAAGAAGAUAUUGAGCUACAAUCCAUUCGUGAAUGUUUGGAUCACGGGGUGUGGAAUUAUACAUCAGAGGUGAUAAAACCGUAUCAUGCAUUCCGAAACGAGCUUGGCAAAGUGGGAAGUUUAAUAGUUCGAGGGUCCAGAUUGGUUAUACCAGGCAGUCUGCGGCAGCGUAUGUUACAACUAGCACACGAGGGUCACCCAGGUCGCACGAAAAUGCAACAACGGUUGAGGUAUUCCUGCUGGUGGCCUGGAAUGGAUGAUAUGAUCGCCCGUAUGGUAGCCACUUGUGAAGGAUGUAGGCUUGUCAGCCAACCGGAACGGCCCGAACCUAUGCAAAGAAGGAAGCUACCCGAAGCACCAUGGAUGGAUAUCGCGAUAGAUUUUCUCGGACCGUUGCCUUCCGGUGACUAUCUGUUAGUCGUAAUUGACUAUUUCAGUAGAUAUAAAGAGGUAGAGAUAAUGCGGAAGAUCACGGCUUCAGAAACUGCGGAACGGUUAGAGCAAAUUUUCAUCAGACUUGGAUAUCCGCAAACCAUAACAUUAGACAACGGUCGCCAGUUCGUGAGUACAGAGUUUGAGCAGUAUUGUGCCCGUCGUGGGAUCGUUUUGAACAAAACGACUCCGUAUUGGCCACAAGAAAAUGGUUUGGUGGAACGUCAAAAUCGAUCAUUGGUUAAGAGACUCAAAAUUAGUCAGGCUUUGAAGCAGGAUUGGAAACGAGAUCUGUUAGUAUAUCUGCAAAUGUACUAUUCAACUCCUCAUAGCACAACUGCUGUAAUGUCCCCUUCGGACUUCCGAGACCGCGAUCAACAGCUUAAAGAUAAAGGGAAAGAGGAGGAAGAUCAACGUCGUAAAGCGAAAGCCUCAAGUAUCGACAUUGGAGAUCGGGUGCUUAUGAAAAACGUUCUUGGUGGAAACAAACUAACAACGACGUAUGGGCCAGCGGUUAUGACUGUCGUUUCAAAGCAAGGUCCACGUGUCACCGUUCAAAAUAAUGAAACAGGCAAGGAGUAUGAUCGCAAUUCAAGUCACCUCAAAAGGAUUCCAGUGGAGCCCUCAGCAGUGAUUGAGCCCGCGGUGCAAGAAUAUGCCUCGCCUUGCGUUUCUUCUGCAGAAGAUCGAGUUGAAGAGUCUCGGAAUCUUUUGGACAUUUCUCGGAAUAUCACCAAUGACGAGGAUACAGCUGAACAUCAAUCUAGUGUUGUCCCGGAUGCCACCCAAGCAGCGCCAGGUAGACUUAGGCGCAACAUAAAGAAACCUGAACGUUACAAGGACUGUGUAAUGAAAUUUUAA